AUGUCUCCUACUCAUCGCAGAGGCUCAGAACGCCGUGCCUCGGACAGACGAGGUUCCUCCUUCUCUCGUCGAGACUCGAUCGACCCAAGGAAACUCGUGCCUAUGGACAAAAUGACCCAUAUCUCUGGUACCGAUGACUUCAAUGUGGUCUUCGUCGGUGCUGGUAAUAUUAUGUUUGGCUCCGAGGAAGGUCCCUGGAACCAUUCUUUCCGUUUUGAACACAAACUCGGUCGUCGUCUCAAGGUCGUUGCUCUCAUUGACCCUGCUACCGAGCGUGCCAAAGAAGUCCUCAGGAAGAAAUGCGACUCCUUCGUCUUAUCCGCCUACGAGAAUACUCGUAUCUACAAAAAUUUUGACGAUUUUCACAAAAAUCUUCCCAAGAGCCUUCGUCCUCGUGCGUUCGUUGUUGGAAGCCCCCCAAUGUUCCGAGGAACCCUCCAGUCUGGCAGAGACAUUGAAGUCCAGAUCCUCAAGCACUAUCCUGGUGUUGCUCUCUUCAUUGAAAAACCCAUCACGACCGGUCCCGUUGAAGAAAUCGAAGAAGGUUACAAAAUUGCUAAACAAAUUGAGGAAAGCAAAACCAUCUGCUCCAUCGGAUACAUGCUCCGCUAUCUGAAAGCAGUGCAGAUGAUGAAACAUAUCAUUGACGAAAACAAUCUGACUGUGAUGACCACUAUUGCUCGUUAUGCAUGUGCGUAUGAGGCCAUCGCCAAGCCUGAUUGGUGGGACAAGUCCAAAAGUGCUGGUCCAGUUAUCGAGCAAGGGACUCAUUUCUGCGAUCUCUCUCGCUACUUCGGUGGAGAAGUUGACUACAGCAGCGUCGUUGCCCAUUCUCUUGAAUGGGAUGAAAACGCAGGUCAACUCUCUGCAAUGAAAGUUGAUGAAAGCAAAAUUCCACCGGAAAACCGUAUCCCGCGUGUCACCUCCGCUACAUGGAAAUACGACAGUGGCGCGGUUGGAACCUUCACGCACGUUGUUGCGUUGCAAGGCACCAACUACAGCUGUGAGCUGGAGGUAUACGCCGACGGCUACUGCCUUAGGCUCGUGGAUCCGUAUGUUCAGCCUGUUCUGUACGUUCGUAAGCCCGGGGACGACCACGAACAAACCUACCGAUUCCCUGAUGACGAUCCUUUCUUCUCUGAGGUAUCGAACUUGAUUGACAUCAUCGAGGAUAUAGAAGAGGACCCAGAUGCUGCUUGCAUCUUGUCCAACUACGAGGAUGCUGUGAAGACUUACGAACUGACUUGGGCUAUUCGUAAGGCCAGCGAAAAAUCUCGGGCUGCUAAGUUAGAGGCUAGUCGUAAAGCCACCUAA